UAAGUAUUUCAAUCUACUAGGAGUUUUGAACUUGAGACACAGCACUGUAGUUAUAUUUAGAUCAAUGAGACUAGACACUGUUUUAAGUUUAAAGUUAGCUCAGGCAUAGCCCAGUUAGGGCUCCUGGUCGGUGCGCUGCACCAAUUUAUUCGAAUGGAGUCAAUCACGUUUGACUAGGAUUUUGAUAUAAAAUCUGGAUCAAGAAUGCCGUCACCGAGUGGAAACAAAGAGGCCGACGACAGUCAGACAUGGGAAUUGGCAGAGAGGUGUCUACUACCCAUCGCAUUUUCACAUGCAAUUGCAGUCAUCCUAGCAACUAUAUUGAACACCUUUGGGAUCUCACAGACAUCUAGUUUUGUACUUUUUCUGUUGUUAUUGCUCAUAUCCAUAGGAUCCACCUUGUUCUAUCAUAAUCUAAAGGUUACCGCGGCAGGAAAGGCAGUACUAAUCACAGGUUGCGAUUCGCGAGUCGGAUAUGCUUUAGCUAAACAGCUGGACGAUUUGGGCUUCACCGUGUUCGCUGGAUUCAGCAGUAAAGCCGAGAGUGAAGAGAUCAUGCAGAAACUGAAAGACCACGCGUCUGGAAGAUUGCACGUGCUACAACUGGAUGUUACGAGCGAACGUGAUAUACACUCGACUUUCCUUUACGUCAACGAAAACUUGCCUGACGGAGCUCCUGGAUUAUGGGCACUCGUGCAUGCUGCUGCCUGGGUGACUCUCGGGGAAUGCGAGUGGGUGCCCCCAUCUGUUCUUAAGCGAAGCAUAGACAUCAACUUUGUUGGCCUGGCGCGUUUAACUCAGGUGUUUCUCCCUUUGGUCAGGAGGUCAAAAGGCCGAAUCGUUCUCGUCAGCAGCCUCUUGGCGCGGAUACCGAGUCCCGUCCGAGGCAUUUAUUGUGCCCUUAAGGCCGCCGUGGAAGCUUGGGGAUCGUGCCUAAGGCUGGAGAUGCGGAGAUGGGGUGUCGACGUUGUGAUCGUCGAGACCGGGGAAUACGUUUCUGGUAAUGCAUGGCUGAAGGACAACACCGCGCUGCUCGAGCAAGCCAGAGACAUGUGGACUCAACUCGAUCCUCAAACUCGCAAGGAAUACGGUCAGGAGUUGUUUCAGAAGGAAAUGCUGGCUCUAGAGAAGUACACCCAGGGACCAGAGGCCGAAUUGACCGCCGUCACGAGAACUCUUAUAGAUGCUGUGGUAAAGACUUUCCCGAUGCGGCGGUACACACCUGUGACGCGCAGUGAAAGAAUGCAGGCCUUGUGUAAUCAUUACCUUCCGAAACCGAUCUACGACAUAUUAUAUACAAAUUGAAUAUCUUCUGUACGAUAUUAUACUGACGAUUAAACGCCCAGAAUUACGAUUAGGACACAUUCUUCGAAUAGAUGACACUAUAAGAAUAAGUCUUAGAUAAAGCAGUGAAGCAAAAAUCUUUUUUAGCAGAUUGCGGAAUUAUUUAAAGCACUGCCUAUAUAAAACAGCCGCAGAAAGAUAUGUACAAAUUUAAUAAAGUAACUUUAUCAAAUUAUAAAA